AUGAAAAAGAAUUCAUUCUCUUUCAAACUCAACAUUAACUCAGACCUCAAGAACUCUCCUAGCUUCAGAAAAGAUAAAAGUGCUGAUAAAAAAAUAAUCAUAGAUCAUAAAAAUAACACAAGUAGGACUACUAUAGAGUGUGAUUUUAAAACUGCUUUUGAACAAAAGGGCAAUAAUGCGAAUAUAAAUUAGGGUUAAAAAUAAAAAUCUAUUUAAUGUCUCACAAAGAGAUAUGAAAAUAAAAAAAGUAUUGAUUUAAAAAGAUAAGACGAGACUCAGUUUUUGAAAAAAUCAUAGGUCUAUUAGUCUGCAAGGUAAAUGAUUAACACAUAAUAAAUGAGUUCAAUAAAAAGACAAAAAAGCCAUACAAAGCAAUCUCUUAGUAUUUCUAACCAAAAUAAAUCUGCAAAUUUAACUUAAUAAAAUGAAAGCAAUAAUAAUUUUAAGUCCAGCCUCCUUUAGAAAUAUAAGCUAACAAACGCACAUAUGUAAAGCAAAUCCUCUUCUUCUCCAUUAAGAGUUAGUGUUUAAGUUACCUAACCUAAAUAAGAAAAAUUAAAAACAAUAGAGUUAAAAAGAUAAAAUACAUCAGAGCUAAAAAGAUAAAAAUCUUUAGAAUUAUAAAGACAAAAAACGUUAGACUUUUAAAAAUAAUGUAAUUUAAGCCCAAUCCUUAAGACUUUGGAACAAAAAUCUUCUAGUAAGCUCAGAAAUAAAUAGAAUGGGGAGGAAACUUCAAAGAGUUCCUAUUCAAAGUUCUAUCAAAAUUUUUUAUUUAAUGAUUGUUAUGACUAUGAAGGAUAUUAAGAUGAAUCAGAUCUUAAACAUAUAGACCUCGAGUUUAAUUUGACAGAUAUGACUGCUAGUAUGUCUGAGCUGAAGAAGUAAUUAAGCUAUUAAAAGGAAAUCGAUUACUCCUUCUCAAGCUUUACUAACCACAGCCAUACGACUCCAAAAGAAAAAUAAAGGAAAAUUUCAAAUGAGUAUGACUAGAUUUUGGGUGAUGUUUACUCUACUGAGUCUUUUGAAUGUGAAGAUAAAAGCGUUGGAAACGAAUACAAUUAAAUUGAAGAGAGAUUAGAUAAAAAGCUAAAAGCAACUUAACUUCUCACUUCUUCUUCAUUUUAAAAUGACAUUAACAUUUAUUAUUCACUUGAAGAUGAGUUAAAAAAAAAAAAUUUAGAUAAAUCCCAAAUCGAAAAAAAAUUACAUCAAGAAUUUAUUAGAAAUCAGUUGUAAAAAAAUAAUGAAAUGUCAAUAGCUUCAACCUUUUUGAUUGAAUACAAUCCUAAAACUAAAACAGAAUACAAUUCUAAUAGAACAAUAUCAAUAAUAGUAUUGGAUUAAAUUAAUGAGUUGGUCUCCUAAGAAAAUUUAGCUAGUCCUAUUCUUAUGAGCUCAAGCAUUAAAGAAUGCUAUGUUUCUAGAAGAUUUAGUUAGAUUCCUAGUGAAUUAAAUUUAGACAAUAUAGGCUAAUAAAAUAAUAAAAGAUAAAAAGAUACAGCUAAUAUAAAGGUUAAAAGUAGCCAGAUUAAAAAACCUCUCUUAAAAUUAAAUAAUCAGACAAGAUAGAAUUCUGUUCCAAAAGUAAAUUUUUUAUUUUUUAUCAUAUCAAAAAAUUUAUGA